UGCCUUAAAGUCUCGUUUAUUUUUUCCAUUUUUUUGUCCUACCUACCCUUUGGCUCUCUUCUUCAGUCUAUAUAGCAAAAGGGUAUCUCUCAUUUCCACUCCUAAUCACUGUGGAUACAAAGUCUGGUGAAAUGGCUGCGGUAGAGGCUAAAAAUGGCUGUGAUUUCAAAGCUCAUGUUUUCUCAUCAUCAUCAGAAUUGCUUGAAAAGCUGCAUGGGAAGUGGAGCUCAGUGGAAAAGAAACCAUACCCAGCUAUGUAUUCCAGCAUAUUUGGUGGAAUUAUUCUUGAUCCUGCUAUGAUGGUUAUUCCCAUUGACGAUCACAUGGUUCAUCGAGGACAUGGAGUGUUUGAUACUGCUAUAAUUUUAGAUGGAUAUCUGUAUGAGCUGGAUGUCCAUCUAGAUCGUUUUCUAAGAUCAGCUGCAAAAGCAAGGAUAUCGUCUCCUUUCCCUCAAUCAACUCUUCGGAGCAUUCUUGUGCAAUUGGCAGCUGCAUCACAGUGCAAGAAAGGAACCUUAAGGUAUUGGUUGAGUGCCGGUCCUGGUGACUUCUUGCUCUCACCUGCAGGCUGUCCAACAGCGGCAUUCUAUGCUGUUGUCAUUGCUGACAACUUCUUGCAAUGCAAAGAGGGGGUUAAAGUGAUUACUUCAACCAUCCCCAUGAAAACACCACUCUUUGCCACAAUGAAGAAUGUGAACUAUCUCCCCAAUGUCCUUGCAAAGAUGGAGGCUGAAGAGCGGGGAGCAUUUGCUUCUAUUUGGAUUGAUGAGGAAGGUUAUAUUGCUGAGGGUCCUAACGUUAAUGUUGGUUUUAUAACACAUGAUAAGGAGCUUAUCUUGCCUCAUUUUGAUAAGAUCCUCAGUGGAUGCACUGCAAAGAGACUUCUGGAGCUAGCACCCAAAUUAGUCGAGCGAGGGUGUUUGAAAAGUGUCAAAACUGCCAAUCUCAGGGUUGAGGAAGCUAAAAAUGCAGCCGAAAUGAUGUACAUAGGAAGCACACUUCCAGUAUUGCCAAUCAUUGAGUGGGAUGAACAACCCAUUGGAGAUGGUAAGGUGGGAGAAUUGUCAAUUGCACUGUCUGAUCUGCUUUGGGAAGACAUGAUAGCAGGCCCUGAACCACAAAGGCUAUGCAUACCCUAUGAGCACUGAAGCACGAGUUAAGCAAGGAGGCUGAAUAAAUGGUUUCGUUGGGCAAUUAGCUACCUUAUUGCUUGUUAUUUUCUUGUGUAAGUAGAACCUCCAGAUUCUUGUUUUGCAUCAUGAACUUGUUAAGUUUAAGGUGACAUUAACAGAAUCAUCACACAGCUUUGCUUAAAUUGAUGAGCUUCAUUUCUGCA